GAAGAUUGGAGGCUGAGAGAGGAGGUGUGAUUUGCCUGAGGUCACACAGCAGGACUCGGCCCCACCACAUACUGUCUUGGCUUUACCUCUCAAGCCAUCCUGUCCUACCCUGCGGGGUCUCACUGCCUGCAGCAGGGCUAUGGACGGGAAAGUGGCAGUGCACAAGAAUGCGGUCUCCUGGAUCCCUGAGGAAGGAGAAACGUUGGACCAGGAAGGCAAGGACCAGGUGAAGGAUCGGGGCCAAUGGACCAACAAGAUGGAGUUUGUGCUGUCAGUGGCCGGGGAGAUCAUUGGGCUGGGCAAUGUCUGGAGGUUUCCCUAUCUCUGCUACAAAAAUGGAGGUGGAGCCUUCUUCGUGCCCUACUUCAUCUUCUUCCUCAGCUGCGGCAUCCCAGUGUUCUUCCUGGAGGUGGCGCUGGGCCAGUACACCAGCCAGGGGAGCGUCACAGCCUGGAGGAAGAUCUGCCCCCUCUUCCAGGGCAUUGGCAUAGCAUCCGUGGUCAUUGAGUCCUAUUUGAACAUCUACUACAUCAUCAUCCUGGCCUGGGCCCUCUUCUACCUGUUCAGCUCCUUCACCUCCGAGCUGCCCUGGACGACAUGUACCAAUCCCUGGAACACAGAGCAUUGUGUAGACUUUUUGAACCACUCGGGAGCCAGCACAGAGACCCAUUCUGAGAACUUCACCUCUGCUGUCAUGGAAUUCUGGGAGAGACGGGUUCUGGGAAUCACCUCGGGUAUCCAUGUUCUGGGGGCCCUGCGCUGGGAGCUGGCCCUGUGCCUCCUGCUCGCCUGGAUCAUCUGCUACUUCUGCAUCUGGAAGGGCAUCAAGUCCACAGGCAAGGUUGUUUAUUUCACUGCCACGUUUCCCUACCUGAUGCUGAUCGUCCUGCUGAUCCGAGGUGUCACCCUCCCCGGAGCCUAUGAGGGCAUCAUCUAUUACCUGAAGCCAGAUCUGCUCCGUCUCAGAGACCCCCAGGUGUGGAUGGAUGCAGGCACCCAGAUCUUCUUCUCCUUUGCCAUUUGCCAGGGCUGCCUCACUGCUCUGGGCAGCUACAACAAGUACCACAACAACUGCUACAGGGACUCCAUUGCCCUCUGCUUCUUGAACAGUGUCACCAGCUUUGUGGCCGGCUUUGUGGUCUUCUCCAUCUUGGGCUUCAUGUCCCAAGAGCAGGGAGUGCCCAUUUCUGAAGUGGCUGAGUCAGGUCCCGGUCUGGCCUUCAUUGCAUUCCCUAAGGCUGUGACCAUGAUGCCUUUAUCCCAGCUGUGGUCCUGCCUCUUUUUCAUCAUGCUGUUAUUCCUAGGCCUGGACAGCCAGUUUGUCUGCAUGGAAUGCCUGGUGACAGCCUCUGUGGACAUGUUCCCCCAGCAGCUCCGGAAGCGUGGGCGGCGUGAGCUGCUGAUCCUUGGCAUCUCGAUCGUGUGCUACUUGGUAGGGCUCUUUCUGGUCACUGAGGGCGGGAUGUACCUCUUCCAGCUCUUUGACUACUACGCCUGCAGUGGCAUCUGCCUGCUCUUUCUCUCCGUGUUUGAAGUCAUCUGCAUCAGCUGGGUGUACGGAGCAGACCGUUUCUAUGACAACAUUGAGGACAUGAUUGGCUACCGGCCCUGGCCACUGGUGAAGAUCUCCUGGCUCUUCCUGACCCCGGCACUUUGCUUGGCCACCUUCCUCUUCUCCCUGAGCAAGCACACGCCGCUCACAUACAACAACGUUUAUGUCUACCCUCCCUGGGGCUACUCCAUUGGCUGGUUCUUGGCCUUUUCCUCCAUGGCCUGUGUUCCUCUCUUCAUGGUUAUCACCCUCCUGAAGACCCAGGGUUCCUUCAAGAAGCGCCUGUGCCAGCUCAUCAUCCCUGAUCCCAGCCUGCCACAGCCCAGGAGACACCUACACCUGGACAGCAGCCCCAGUCAAGACUACAGACCGUUCCCACUGAAGGAAGGACUCAUCGCUGGAGAGAAGGAGACUGAACUAUAGGAAGGGCCAGGGCCCAGAGUCCAGGGGCCCUGGGGCCAGGAACCUGGGCAGAGCUACCCUUCUCCAUGGAUGACCUCAGCCUUCAGUCCCCUGCCUCUGUCCUGCUGAGACCUCCCGGAGACCCUGGGCCCAGCCAGAGGUCACUUCCCACCCUUUCCACCUCUGCUCCAAGCAGCUGCAUUUGCAUUGACUCUUACCCCAAGCCCCUGACUUCUCAGAGGAGAAAACCAAGGACCUGACAGACAAAGGAACUUUUUCAAGUUUGCGGGAGCAGCCUGAGACACACCUCAGACCUGAUGUCCUUGGGCUUAGGCUGGUGUUCUUCCCAUCGUGCCCUUGCCCUCGUUAAUAAGCAUGUACAAUAUGUAUCCAUUUUCCUAUGAAUGAAUCUAAUUCCUCAUUCUUUAUGGCUGAGUAAUAUUCCAU